AUGAAUAAGCUUUCGGUGUUUUCGGCAAUUGUAAUUAUCUUGGGAGGAGAAUGUUUCCAUGGCACUAACGCAGAGUAUUCUAUUGAAACUACAAAUUUCACUGGCAUGUGGUAUGCAGUUAUGGCGACUGGAUGCCAAGACGGCAAAGACUGUAAUAUUUUCACAAAUAACGAAAAACCGUGCGAAUGUACAUCAGCGUUAUUUGUUGCUCUCCAGGAGAAUGGCUGGCUAGUGUACAUGAAUUCGAUCAACAACCAGUCCUCUACAGUAACAAUCGAUAUGGGAGGUGCAGCGCCGGCGGCCGACGAUAAAACCAUACAAGGUUUCAUUUUCAGCCGAGCUACAGUACCAUUGAGCGUAAUAGCAGCAUCGGAAUGCUCAAUUACUGAAAAUGUUAUUGGAAAACAGUUUUUUUUAAGGUAUAGAAUUACCAUUAUCGGCUCUAGUGAAAAGGAUGGUUAUAUGAUCACCACAAUGGCGGAAAUUGAUGAAAGUAAUAAAGACAAGGGGAAUCCGUUAACAGUUAUUUGGUGCCAUAAUAAAACGCCUGGUAAAGAUACAAUCUGGAGGCAUAUAGUAGAACACUUUAAAUCUCUUCAAUUAGAUAUCCACCAAUUAAAGUUUAUCAACCAGAUAGGUUGCAAAUAUCCAACGGAAAAUCAAUAUAACGAAAUGUUUUUCUGCUGA